AUGUCUUCCACAGUCCAUUUUCUCGAUCCGGUGAAUUUCCAGUCUCAGUCAGACGAGUUUAUCUCUUGGCUGUCUGAGCGGCGGGCAGAGGUGUCGACAUAUAUCAAUGCACUAGUGGCGCAAUCCGAUAUUGCCGAGGGUGAAGAACUUUUUACGAUUCCCCGCGAACACGUCCUCUCAACUCAGAAUUCAAAAUUGAAGGAUCUGCUCUCCCAGGAUGUGGAGGAGCUGGGGCCAUGGCUGUCCCUUAUGCUGGUCAUGAUCUACGAGUAUCUUCUCGGGGAUAACUCGGCCUGGGCAUCAUACUUCAAGGUCCUUCCCCGAAAAUUUGAUAGCCUAAUGUUUUGGUCGCCUUCAGAGCUUCAGGAGCUUCAGGGUAGCGCAAUCGUCGAUAGAAUUGGCAAGGAAGGUGCAGAAGAAUCCAUACUUGAAAUGAUUGCUCCUGUCGUGAGAGCCAAUCCAUCUCUCUUUCCGCCGGUGGAUGGUCUAGCGUCGUAUGAUGGCGAUGCUGGCACUCAGGCCCUGCUGAACCUCGCUCAUAUGAUGGGCUCUCUUAUCAUGGCUUACGCCUUCGAUAUCGAGAAACCCGAAGAUGAGGAUGAUGAAGGAGAUGAUGAAAGCGGAUUCGUGACUGAUGAUGAGGAACAACUGUCCAAGGGUAUGGUUCCUCUGGCAGAUUUGUUGAAUGCCGAUGCAGACCAGAAUAACGCUCGUCUUUUCCAAGAAGAGGCCGGUCUUGUAAUGAAGGCUAUCAAGCCUAUCAGUGCAGGGGCUGAGAUUUUCAAUGAUUAUGGAGAGAUCCCCCGUGCGGACCUUCUGAGGAGGUACGGCUACGUGACCGAUAACUAUUCUCCUUACGAUGUAGUUGAGCUGUCACUGGCGCUUAUUUGCCAGGCGGCUGGCCUUGCAAAUGCCGAUAUUGAGAACCAACCUGUGCUCCAAUUCCUUGAGGAGUUGGAAGUCCUUGAUGACGGUUAUGACAUUCCGAGGCCAUUGGAUGAUGAUUUGGCAGGUGUUCUUCCAGACGAACUGGUUGUCUUGGCUAAAGUGCUCUGCAUGUCGAGUGACGAGCUGAAGCAACAGGUUUCAAAGAACAAACCCCCGAAGCCUUCUUUUGGUCACAAGGAAGCAACGCUACUCUCAAAGGCUGUUCAGUCAAAGCAAGCCCAGUACCCAACGACCCUUACACAGGACAAAGAAUUGCUGGCACAAUUGAGCCGGUUGGAGACUACAAUCCCCUUGGAAGACUCUGCACGACGACAAAAAAUGGCAAUCCAGGUUCGGAUUGGCGAGAAGGAAAUCCUGCAAACCUUAUUCGACAUGCUCAUCGCUAACUCAGAGGGAAGCACGACCUCAAAGCGAGCUGCUAACGGCGACAAUGACGCAUCGAGGAGAACGAAGACCCAGAGGAUUUGA